GUUGUUCUCGUGCAUGCAUUAAAACAGCAAAUAUUGAUUGUGGACGAAACGAAAGAUCACUCGUUGAGUCAUGGGUUGCGGCGGCUCCAAGUCAAUGCUCGUCCCGUCUGGAGCCUCGGACUACAAGUACCUAGUGCAAGAAUCCUGGGAUAAGGUAUCCAAGACAGUUGACUCAAAGAAAUCUGUGAGGACAUUGGUGAUCAAACGCUCCGGAUGGAAGACAGUUCGUAUCUUUGUCUCGUCCACUUUCAAAGAUUUUCAUGCAGAGAGAGAAAUACUUGUUAAAGAGGUGUUUCCGGAUUUAAGACAGUGGUGUGAAAAGCGACGUCUUCAUUUGGUUGAAUGCGACUUGAGAUGGGGGGUUCCGAAAGACACCACAUCAGAGGAGACAUUGCGCAUGUGUCUGGGGGAGAUUGAUCGAUGCUACCAGGAUAAUGUUAUGCCGUUCUUUCUCAACCUCACAAGUGAGAGGUGUGGUUGGAUCCCCACUCACCAUGAUGUCCCUGAAUCGUUAGCUAGAGAAUAUCGCUGGAUCCCGGGACUGUCUGUCACAGAAAUGGAAAUACUGCACGGAGCUUAUCGUACAGACAACCCAAACUCUGUAUUUUUGAUAAGAAACUCUGCCUUCUUGAAGAACCUCCCCGAGGAAUAUGAGAAAGAUUUUAUUGACCCCAAUCCCAUCGCUCCACACAAACUGGGCAUGCUCAAACAGAUGCUGAAAAACAAACUGGGAGACCGGGUGAAAUGGUACGACUGUGAAUUUGCCGGAAUAGAUUCAGAUGGAAAAGUGGAAUUCCAUGGUCUUCAGGGAACUUUUUCCAAAGAGGUGUUUGAGUUCUUCAAGAUGAGAGUUGAGGCACAGUACCCUCUAAUGGAUGAAAGUCAGGAUCCGUAUCAGCAAGCUCGAGAGGCGCAUGAGUCUUUCCUGAAGAGCCGUUGCACAUCAGUUCUUGGUCGUAACGCAAUCUUAGAGAAGAUCGAGAAGUACGUUGUUGACAUCGGUCAAGACUGUCCUCUGAUCAUCACAGGUGGAGCUGGGUCCGGCAAGUCUUCCAUUAUGGCUCGGACAGCUGAUGUCGCUCAGACUAUGGCCAUGAACAAGCAGAUACCGGGUGGUGGAUCUACAGGCUGGCAUGUCUUCUAUCAUUUUGUCGGAGCUGUUCCGGGGUCAACCGAUAUGGAGAAAUGCUUGAAACGGUUACUCAAAGAACUAAACCAAGUCAAUGAAGCAACAAUGCCCAAGAAUCUUGAGAUGACAUGCCAGUUGGUAUGCAGCGUCUUAAGUAAUCCCAAGACUGCUCCAAUCAUUGUCUGCAUCGAUGCACUAAAUCAGUUUGAUGACGACAAAUCCUCCACUUUGCUGAGCUGGUUGCCAAGGAAACUAGCUCCCCAGAUCCGAGUCAUCAUGGCCAUGAUUAAUGACACCCCUCCUCACAAGUUCCUCUGUGAGCGUGCCAGUAAACCGCUGGAGGUUGUGGUCACACCGUUGGAUAUGACUGCACGCCAGGAAAUAGUGACAGAGCUUUUGGGCACGUACAAUAAGCGAUUGGAUGCGACUCAGAUGAAGAGCUUGCUCGCCAAGGAAUCGUCUCAGAAUCCUCUGUGGUUAGCUGUGGCGUGUGAAGAACUACGUGUCUUUGGUUUGUUUGAUCGAGUGACAAACAAGAUCAACAGUAUGGCUGACGGUCUACUAGAGUUGCUUGACCAGGUAUUCACCCGUUUUGAGGAGGAGAAUGGUGGAAUGUUGCUAUCGGCAACUCUCUGUCUUCUCGAGACGUCUGCAACAGGAUUGCUGGAGAUCGAACUCCUGAAGAUUCUCGGGGAUGAAGACAAUUUGAUUCCUCAAGAAAAGGACUCUGAACUGGAAAAAGACAAGGGAGGAGAAAAAAGUUCCAAGGAUCUUGGUCCUCUUCCAGCCGCUAAGUGGGCGGUCGUCUACCGUGCCCUCAAGCCGUUCCUAAGACCUUUUGGAGAAAGCGGUGAGGGCAGGCUGGACUUCUAUCAUCGAGCGCUGAGCAAAGCUGUCCGCAGAAAAUAUUUUGAGAGCGCCAAUCUUCUGUCUGACCAGAUGUGGUGGCACAACAAGCUGGCAGUUUACUUCAAUCAAUCUGAGCAUGUUGAUCGCAAAGUUGAGGAGCUGCCCAUUCAUCUCCUGAAACUUGAAGACACUGUACGUCUUACAAACUUCUUGAUGGACUGGAAUGUCUUUGACAGACUUUACAAUGAAGAAUACAGCACCCUGUUGCUCAAGUACUGGAGAGAGGGUUACGGUGAAGGCUGGCAGACCAUGAUGGCCAACAACUACAAAGAAAGCCUGGAAAAACUGGCAGUUGCUGAUGAUACAUCAAGGGACAAGAUGGCUCUGCGUUACGAGCAGAUUGCUAGAGUCAUAAAUCAGUCUGGUGAGCAUUCAACCCCGUUAAAACUGCUGGAGAAGUCUAUGUCUAUUGAACAGGAUGAACUGGGAGCCAGACCUGAGCGGAUGGUUGAGCUGUUUGCACUUGCUUGCACAAUUUACGAUGAUAAAUUGAAGCUUUACGAGUAUGUAGACCCGUCCCAGAUCACAGACCUGCGACCCACUAUCGACUUUGCCCUUAAAUCCAUCGCAAUCCGAGAAACGUUGGAAGGAGAAGUGCACAAGUACAAACUGGGCAAGAUAAAGAUUCAACUGGCUUUCAAUCUGCAAGCUUGGAAAGAAUGCGGAGGGGACAACACACGCAGUGGGGAUGAAGCCAAUGAACAAGGACAGAAGGAAGUGGAGAGCGCGAUCAAACUCUUCAAAGAGAUUGGAGAUGAUGGUCAUCUGGCCGAUGCGAUCAUGACCAAGGGGGUGCUAGAGGAUAGAGGUAGCGAAAACCAAAAGAAGUACUACAUGGAUGCACUUGAGUUGUGCGUACAGGCGUAUGGGGAAUUUAGUGUGUUAACCAGCAGGCUGCUUCUCAACAUUGGCAUCAUGUUUGAAGAUAUGAGAAAUUACCAAGAGGCUUUUAACUACUAUAUCAGAUGGCAAGAUGUCUGUGAGCAGGUCUUUGGUUACCAUCAUCCCCGCACCCAGCGUUGUCGGAACUGUCUUGAGGAGCCUAUCUAUCGUCGGAUCCAGCAGGCUCGAGAUGCAAAGGCAAAGAAGGCAUCAAAUAAAGACGACAACUACAAUGCUGAGGACAGAGAAUAUGUUGAAGAUUCCGAGUCGGAUCCAGACUCAGACUAUUAAAGAAAAAUUCAGUUGUAUAGAUAUCAUAUAAGCACGAGUGGAAUAUCCAUAUCCAACGAAGCCAAAAUGAAGCCGAAAUUGGGUAAGGAACGCAGACGUGCUAAAUUUUCUCUUGUUCCAUGAUGCGCCUGUGAUAACAAGUUUAUGUUCAAGCAAACCUAUUGCAUGUGACAAUCAGCAGGUGACGCAAAUAAGCUAGGCUUUGCGUAUAGAUGAGUUGCAAUAGACACCAUCUUUAUGGGCAAAUUGCAUUUUGACUUGCAAGUGCGUCAAGCACUCAUUUAAAUAACAUAGCCGCGCUGUCAGGCAACGAGUUUUGUGAAAUGUGCGCGUGCUGCACGCUCCUCUCGCUCAAAACGCAUGGCUGUGUGUUCCAAAUUGCCCGUAAAGAUGGCCGAUUGCCCGUAAAGAUGGCCGAUUUACGUCAUGUGGGAACUAUCUAUAGCUUAUAAAAGUGCAAUACCUGGAGUUAGAACACACAAUGGGCCGUUUGAUACAAGUUGAUGUCACACUCCUUGUUGCUAAGGAUCACCCAAUCAGAAUUAAAGGAACACGCUGCCUUGAAACAGUCGAGUUGGUCUAUAAAAAGCAUUUGUAACCGUUUUUU